CCCUCGGCCUGCUCGCUCUCACUCCUCACGCGCCAAGGAACAGGCGUCUGCGGCCAUGGCUACCGUGCUGCCCUCGCCCGGCGCGGCCGGCGGCGCCGACGAGGAGCUGCGCAUCGAGAUGCUCGGCGCGGGCCAGGAGGUGGGGCGCAGCUGCUGUGUGCUGACGUACAAGGGCAAGACGAUUGUCUGCGAUGCUGGCGUUCACCCAGCGUACCAAGGCAUUGCGGCCUUGCCUUUCCUCGACGAGCUGGACUGGAGCACGGUCGACGCUCUGCUCAUCACACACUUUCACUUGGAUCACGCCGCUGCACUGACCUAUGUGAUGGAGAAGACAAACUUCAAGGAGGGCAACGGCCGCGUGUACAUGACACAUCCGACCAAGGCCGUGUACCGCUUCCUGAUGUCCGACUUCGUCCGCAUCUCCAACGCCGGCUCCGAUGACCAGCUCUUCGACGAGACCGAGAUGUUGGCGUCCUGGCGGCAGAUCGAGGCCGUCGACUACCACCAGGAGGUGCAGAUCGCAGGCGGCCUGCGCUUCACGAGCUACCACGCCGGCCACGUGCUCGGCGCUGCGAUGUUCCUCAUCGAGAUGGCUGGGCUGCGCAUCCUCUACACGGGCGACUUCAGCCGCGAGGAGGACCGGCAUCUGGUGCAGGCCGAGGUGCCGCCCGUGCGGCCAGAUGUGCUCAUCAGUGAGAGCACGUAUGGCGUGCAGAGUCUCGAGCCGCGCCUGGACAAGGAGCAGCGCUUCACCACCAUGGUGCACAACAUCGUGAACCGCGGCGGACGCGUGCUGCUGCCAGUAUUCGUGCUGGGGCGUGCGCAGGAGCUGCUGCUGCUGCUGGACGAGUACUGGGCCGCACAUCCGUCGCUGCACCAGAUUCCGAUCUACUACGCCUCGUCGCUGGCGCGCAAGUGCAUCGGCAUCUAUCAGACGUACAUCCACACGAUGAACGAGCACAUCCGUGCGCGCUUCAACCGGCGCGAUAACCCCUUCGUGUUCAAGCACGUCUCGAACUUGCGCAGCCUCGACCGCUUCGAGGACAAGGGGCCUUGCGUCAUGAUGGCAUCUCCCGGCUUCAUGCAGAGCGGAGUCAGUCGCGAGUUGCUGGAGCGCUGGGCGCCUGACAGGCGUAACGGUCUCAUCGUGACCGGCUACUCGGUGGAGGGCACGAUGGCACGGAACAUCCUGCUCGACCCCGACGAGAUCGUCGCGAUGAGCGGACAGAAGAUCCCGCUGCGCAUGUCCGUUGACGAGAUCAGCUUUUCGGCGCACGUCGACUUCACGCAGAACUCGCGCUUCAUCGACGAGGUCAAGGCGCAGCACAUUGUCCUGGUCCACGGCGAGCAGAACGCCAUGAGCCGUCUGCGUGCGGCGCUGCAGUCCAAGUUCGCCGAGCGAUCAGAGGACGUCAAGAUCCACACGCCGCGCAACUGCGAGCCGCUGCGGCUCAAGUUCCGCGGCGAGCGCAUGGCAAAGGCGAUUGGGCGCAUCGCGGCACAGCAGCCAAAAGCCAACACGGUCCUCGACGGCCUGCUCGUCUCCAAGGACUUUGCCUACACCCUGCUCGACCCUGCCGAUCUGGCAGACUUCACCGGCCUGCACACGAGCGCCAUCAUGCAGCGCGCCCGCGUGCGGCUUGCUGUGGGCUGGGCACUGGCGCGCUGGCACCUCGAGGGCAUGUACGGCAAGCUGGUCGAGGGAGUGGAUCUCGAGGGCCGGCGGACGAUGCGCAUCAUGGGCGCCGUCGACGUGAAGCAGUCUGAGCGCGAGGGUGAGCUGGUGCUCGAGUGGAAGGGCAGCGUGGCCAACGACAUGGUCGCCGACUCGGCCGUGGCGCUGCUGCUGGGCGUCGACUCUAGUCCGGCAAGCGUCAAGAUGACGACAAGGGCACACACGCACUCGCACGGCCACGAGGGCGAGCCAGAGGCGCAGAAUGAGGACAAGGCACUGGCUCGUGCUGCUGCCGAGAACGCCGCGCUCAGCGAGCCACAUCCGCACGCUGCUGCGGCUCUGCAAGAGGAGACCACCACGAGCGGCGAGCCGUCAGGAGCAGACGCUGCGGUGCUGCUUGCACGCACAGAAGAGCUGGCUGCCUUCCUCGAGGCGCACUUUGGCUCCGUCGAGGAGACCUCUGUUGGCGGAUACGUCGAGGAGACACCAGCUGCCGAGGAGACGGAAGAGAAGAAGGGCGAGGACGUCGAGGAGGCACAAGCAGCGGACGGCGACGCAGAGAUGAAGGAUGGUGCAGCGCCAUCUGCCGAGGACGACACGGCUCAAGCAUCCACAGAAGCGGCGGCUGCCGAGGAAGAGCCCAGCUCAGCCGCACCACCCGACGGCGACACGAGCAUGAGCGGCGCGGCGGACGCAGAUCAGAAGCAAGCGUCUGCGACACCUGCUGCCGACCCUGCUGCGGCUGCAGCGGCAGCCGCUGCAGCGAUGGGCCCGCCCAAGAACGCUCCGACGAAGCCGCGGGCCGAGCGCGAGGCUGAGGCGGCGGCGCUGCUGGCGGCCAUGCCGGACCCCAUCACGCGCAUAACAGGGCCGAUGCGGCCUGCGCUGCUCGUGCAGCUCGAUGACGAGCGUGCAGUCAUCGAGACGGACUCUCUCGUCGUCACGGGCCGAUCGCCAGCUUUGCGGGCGCGCGUCGAGCGGCUGGCCGCUCUGGCGCUGCGUGCUUCGACCUGCAUCGCCGACUCGUACACUGUGCGGCCAGCGCUGAGCACGGAGCUCUUCCUGGGCACACACGUGCCGCCGGUCGAGCCGGGCACGAGCGAGGCGGCGAGCAUCACGGGGUGAAAAGAGGGGAGGCGCAUCACAAUGUCACAUCAUCACACGC